AUGUCUCAAAAGAAAUAUAAAAACCUUUCUGAAAAAGUAAAGGGGGUUGAAGAAUUGCAAGAACAUAUAAAUCAACUUGAACUUAUGUUAGAACACGCCUUAAAAAACCCACCUUUCGCUAAUUUCUUUAUUGAUAAAAUGAGACACAUCUGUAUUAUAUAUAUUGCAACACAUCAAGAAAAACGAAAGCCAUUUACAGAUCCAGAAGAGUAUUAG